UCCGAGCUGGCGAGGAGAACAGACGGCGGCGGGAAAGGCAGGCUGAUGUGGCUGCUUCAGCCCGUCACCAGCAGUAUCCAACUGCUGCAAGACAUCAGCUUCGUGUGGCGUUUUGACCGCCGCCCGUAAUAGCACAGAUGCAGCAAGCAACGAGAAAGGAGCUGCGGUGGUGGCAGUAGCAGCCGCCACCCCUCAGCCGCUCCCGCUGCAACAAACCCACCAGAAGCUAACGGAGAGCAGAAUCGCGACAGCGGCGGGCUGAGCCAUCCAGAAACAGCGGAGUGUUAACCGCCAAGUCGAUAGCGUGCACCUACCAGAGGGUUCGGUUCGUUGAGACGAGCGGUAGCAGCAGAAGAAAGAACGGUUUCGUCGAAUAUGCUUUCCUGCUCCUUGGUCAGUCUGUGUCGUUUGAUUUGCCGAAGCCUCGAAUAGUAGCCAACAAAGGAGACGCACAGCGCAUCGGCGCUAUCGACAGCAUUGACUGAACGGGCAGGCAAGCACGCCACGAACGAACCAUCCCUCAGCCGCUUAUUCGAGCGCGACAGCCGGCAGACAUCGCCUCUAGCGUGUUCUGAGGCAGCAGAGCAGACUGUGUAAGGAAGUGGGCAAGUGAGUUGGAUAUAAUAACAGCAGCAGUGGCCGCCACAGCAGCGCCGGUGCCGUAGCGGCGGAUUAGAGCUGCCAGCGGCCAGCCAGCAAACGAACGAAUUUGGUAAAGGAGAAACUUGAGAGGCUGAAAGGGGAGGGACGACUGCCGAGGAGAUCGCUUUUCGUGCCGUCGUUGCCUGCUGGCUCCAGUGCUUCCCUUCAAGAGAAGAACGCAACACAGAGAGCAACGAACACCGCCUCGUCGACACGACCGUGUUGCUUGCGUCCUGCGUUCGUGCGUCUCAUGUUGUACUGUGCAUGAGGUGCUGCUGUGUUGAGAAGGAACGACUCGACCCUUCGCCGUAGUCGAUCAAGUUACCACUGACUGACCAUUGCUUGCCUCAGAGUGGACGACGACGCGAGUUGUACUAGUUGUCGUAACAACUGUCGACGCAAUUUGUCGACGGAACAAGCAAACUCGUGUAGCCGGCGAAAAGACACUGCGCGUCGUCUGUCAUAGAGUUUGUCACAAAGAUUGUCAGAAUGACCGAGACGGAAACCGCGAAGGCCGCUACCGACUCGAUGCCUGUAGAAGAUGCCGCAGGCGCUACGGCAAUUGCCGCAACUGGCAAAAAGGACGAGGUAAAGGCAGAGGAGGCCGUGCCUGCGGUCAAGGAGAUGCGCGCCAUCGUCCUUUCGAGCUUUGGCGGCCUGAAAUCGGUAAAAAUCCUGAACAGGCCUCAGCCGACCGCGGCUGAGGACGAGGUGCUUGUUCGCGUUAAUUGCAGCGGACUUAACUUCCUCGACCUGAUGACGCGCCUGGGUGCCAUCGACAACCUUCCCAAGGCACCAUUUACCAUGGGAUGCGAGCUUGCUGGAGUUGUUGAGGCUGUAGGCGAAAAAGUUGAGAGCUUCGUCGUUGGGCAAAGGGUGUGCGCCAUCUCCGACAUGAAGGCAUGGGCAGAACUAGUUGCUGUGCCAGCUAAACAUUGCUAUCCAAUUCCCGAUGGAGUCUCUUACCAGGAUGCGGCCGCUCUCCUGGUGAACUACACCGUAGCUCACGCGUUGCUUUUCGAUGUGGCCAACCUUUGCGAGGGACAAAUCAUUCUCAUACACUCUAUCGGGGGCGGUGUGGGCCAAGCGCUUGCCCAGCUCAGCAAGAUGGUUCCUGAUGUCACCGUCAUUGGAACAGCCUCGAAGGCCAAGCAUGAGCAGCUCAAGGACGUCUGCCAACAUCUACUUGAGCGCGAGAGCUGCUAUGUUACCCAGGUUAAAAAGAUUGCUGAAUCGGGAGUCGAUCUUGUUCUAGACUGUUCCUGCGGAGAAGACGUCAAUAAGGGCUACGCUCUACUGAAGCCUAUGGGUCGUUACGUAUUAUAUGGCACCUCGUUUUUCGUGUCGGGCGAGACCAAGAAUCUAUUCUCGUUCGCUAAGAGUUGGUGGCAAGUGGACCGUAUCAACCCGAUCAAGCUCUACGAUGACAAUAAGUCCAUCAGUGGUUUCAAUCUUCGUCACCUUCUAUUCCAGCAAGGCCAACACGAGUACGUCGCUCGUAAAGUCCAAACCGUAUUCGAGCUCUUCAAGGCCUCGAAGAUCUCGCCUGUCAUUGACUCCGUUUGGGCCUUCGAGGACAUAGCUGAAGCCAUGCAGAAAAUGCACGAUCGUCGCAAUCUCGGCAAGCUUUUGCUUGAUCCUGCUCAAGCGCCUAAGCCUCGGCCCGCAGAGCCCGAAAAGCCCGUCAAGGUCGGUAGAAAGGAGAGCAAGAAAGAGAAACGCAACAAGGAAAAGAAGGAAGCCGACAAGGAGAACGGGGACAAAAAGGAUAUUAAGGAUAAAAAAGACGAAAAGACUGAAGGCGAUAAGGACAAAAAGGAGAAUGGCGAUGCCAAGGAUGACACCAAAAAAGAUGACAAAGCAACUACCAAUGGCGAGGCAGAAAAAGACGGCGAGAAGAAGGAGUAAAUUGGGACACCCUAACGCAAUGAUGACCUUGCGGGAGGUCUUGGGGCUGCCCCUCGCGAGGCUCAAAGCACUCUCUCAGGACCGCUAUUCAGACAAACAAUGAAAAUGGAACAAUGGUAACCCGGACGAAAAUGUAGAGAAGAGCAGUAAACAAGAAGAAGAGUACGGUAAAGAUGUUUAAAUGUCGACCGUCGAAACAUUUUUGAAGCGAUAAAAAAGGAAACUAUAAUUAGGAGCAUUUUAUUUUUAACUCAGCAACACAAUGACCGAUGUAAACAGCGAGAUAGACGAAGGACGGAACUAUUUACUACGAUGGACGGACAUAACAAAAAAAAAACGGAAAAAAUGAAAAUAGAAUAAAUGAGAAACUAAAAGUUGCUUGAACUGUGACAAGCAGAAAAAGAGAAGCGCAAAUAUUGUGGAAAUAUGGGAAAAAAGAGUGCGGUUGAUAGAGAGCUAGCGAUUUAUAAAGAUAUAGAGAGAGAGAGAGCGAAAGAUAUAUAUAUAUAUAUAGAGAGAGAGAAAGAGAGAGAAAGAGAGAGAGAGAGAGAGAGAGAGAGGCAUAACGAUUGUUGAUGGAGCCCCGUUGAGAGUAGCACAAUUUUAUCGUAAAACAAGAAAACACAACUCUAAAGACAUGGACCUCCGGGUCUCAAUACAAUGUUUCAAGAAAAGAGGCGGCGACAGACUGUAGUGGUCCAAAACAAAAUUAGAAGCGGGACAGCUAGUUGGAAUAAUGUUACAACUGGGGGGUUGAAAUGGUGGAAAGAAGCACAAACUGCAUGCAGUUCGGUUAAGAUAAUAUCGUUCGACGGGGAUGACCCGUUUAGCGAAUAACGGAAAUUUGUCGUCAGUGUUAUAAACGUCAAACAACGCGGCAAGGCUAACACAACCCAGCGCAGAAUCCCCUAUCUACGACUAUCGCUUCACCUUUCCCAUAAACGUCCUCAUACCAUCCUGGCAAAUUCGGUUGAGAGAUCUUUUUAUUACACACCAUACUACCAGUAUUAGCAGUAUAGUGGAAGAGACAACGAACAGUGAGAUUAAAAGUGCUGUUCGUUAUUAUUAGUUUUAGAAGAUCUUGUACUUUGUGUACGUACUUUCAUUGGAUACAACAUCGCUACGGAUACCGAGAUUGAUGAUAAUAAUGAUAAUAAUAAUAAUAAUAAUAAUAACAGAAAUAAUAAAUAUAUUGUAAUUUUAAAAAAUGACAACAUUUGAAUGCGAUUGCAUGGGUGUGAAGUUUUUGGCGACAUAACCUACCUUGACCUAACUGCGUAGAUUAUUGUCAGGUCUCCUAAUCAGCGGUAAACAGGGCACAUGUAGGUUUCUUUUGAACAGGAACACAGAUUUCAAGAAAAUCGAGAUAAACCAGAGACGGCAAGUGCGAUACAGAUCUAUCAUCAGAACAAUUUUAAAUCAACGGGUGACGUAGCUUUCGUUAACUAGUUGGCGCUCAUGGAGAUGUUUUUAGCGUGGAAUAGUGGGUAAACGGCAGUGUUCGUGAAAUCUUUUACCCCUGAUGAGGGAAGGUUAGGGUAACUGACAGAAGGACCGUUCCUUAAAGUCAAUUGGAACCGACAACUAGCUGAGGGUACACACAUCUAUGAUACCAUCAUGAAGGAAUGAGCUACAAACGGUACUAUGGUAACAUUUGUUUCGUUGUUAAUAAAUAUGCUAACGAUGUUGAUUAGUCCAACGAGGGUCGCCGCCCCUUUGACUAUUAGACCAGCAGCAGUCCGAGUGCGAAGCAAGAAACGAUGUGGUUGAAGGUGAUCAAAAUGAAAAUGCUAUAAAUAGGAAGACACGAGUAGAACAUUACAAAGACCAUAAAAAAGCUAUAUAUAAAUGGAUGAACUAGGUAAGGACAACAGGUGAAAUGAUGCUGCUCGUAAGUUAUUUUUCGCUAAUUUUGUUGGCGGGAAAAAUCUUCUAUACGCCAAAAAAAAGUUGACAAACUAGACGAAGCGCAAAAACUUAAAAAAAAAAACAAAAAAAAUUACCAUAUAUUCAUUCGUCUGUAUUAUUUUAAAAAAAGCCGCCUCAAAUCACCUAUUUGCUUGACUGACAUAUAUAUAUAUAUAUAUAUAUAUAUAUAUAUAUAUAUAUACAUAUAUAUAUAUAUAUAAAAGCUAUUAUAAUGGGCAUGUGAAAUUGGACUUAUUACGAUUACAAUGAUUAUUGUAGCUGAUAUGAUGAUGAUGAUGAUGAUGAUGAGGACGACACGAAGUGUAUAACGAAAUGUUAAAGCCAGACGUGUGAGGAUGCUGACAUUGAUAUGGCUAUUUAAUCGUUGACUGGCUGAUAUCGAUAUUAUUGUGGCAAUUGUAUUACGGUAGACGUAGGGUGCAAAGGCAGGCAAUGAAUAACGGAAACAGUGAAAUUAUUAUUACGCUUACUAUAUAAACAGGUACGCUAACGCUACAUAAGCGACAUGAAGUUGACGGGAAGCGUAAAAAAAAAGCGAGAGACAAGAAGAAGGGUUAGUAUGAGGUACACGUUUUCGAGAUGAUGAUGAUCUGCGUUAUUUUCGAAGCAACUAGACUAGGCGACAAAUCGGACUACGAUAAAGAACUGUCGAAUACCGAGUAACGGCUCGUUCAGUAAUUUACUCGCGCUGUGCUAAAAAGUGCUCCUGAAACCCAUCCAGAUGAGCGGCUGGCGUAUUGGACUCGUAUCAACGAACCAUCAUAUUCCAUUGUUUUCCUGCUCAUCCUUACAACCAUCCCCUUUUAGACAUAUGUACAUCAAAUAGAAAGAAAAGUCUUCGUGUUAUAAGUGCAUCAUUUUGAGGGUAGAAGAUACGCUAAGGAGGCACGCUAGACACCUUGCACGUUUCCUUGAAGCCACUGCCAAUUCUGUAGGGCCGAGCGAUUUCCACGAAAUGUUACCGAUGGUAGUGCAAUUGCUCAUUCGGCUUUUGUAGUAACUGUAGUUAAAAUUGUGUGUAAAAUUCUCCCCCGAAUCUCAAAAAGCAAAAAUCAAAUUUCGAUAGAGACCUGACUAGCAUACGCCAAUGGGAGAUAACGAUUGGCUUCUCUCUAAUAGCUACGGUAGCAACAACACAGUCACAAUAAGAUAAAAUUUGAGCCAAAUAUAACAGCCAUUCAUUCUUGAAUGUUUGAACUGGGCUUUCCCCGCAACGGCGUGAGUAUUAUAAAAGGAAAAUGAUCCAAAAUUUAGCUAAACCUUCCUACGAUCCGUACGUUAUACCAACGACCGUUUGUGGACCGAGUCUAACUUAUCCGACAAUUGCCGUCUUGUUGACAACAGAACGAUGGACAACCACGAGAUUUGAGCUGCCCGCAGCCGCUCCAACAGUUGCAAUGUUUUUCUUCUCAAAACGGAGGAUACGAACAAUAAAAACCUAAAAAAAUAAGGGAUUGGAUAGACGUCCCCUCAACUCAGGACGCCGCACAUGACACACGAACAGACUCAUCUACUUGUGUCCAUUCACAAACAGACAGACGUAAAAUGGUCAUAGACUAAUGCAUACUAUUAUAUACCAAACACAGAUCGGAUGCUUAUAUAUAUAUAUGUAUAUAUAUAUAUAUACACAUAUAUACAUAUACAUAUAUAUCCAUAUAUAUAUAUAUAUAUAUAUAUAUAUAUACAUAUACAUGCAACAAAGUAUACAAAAACAUCGCGCGAACCCCUGCGCGCACAUAUAUCAAAACAAAGUGAAGCAACGACAGCGGAACAAUAAUCGAGGUGAUGACCGAGGGUCGUCAACCACCUAAAGUUGAGCGGACCUUGUGACGAUGUGGUCGAAAGACCGACGAGCGACUGGCUGCCAACAGUGCUUGAAGCGUGCCGCAAGGUUUCACCCCGCUACGAUAACUCGCCAACAACAAUAGUAACAGUAUUAAAUUAUGAGACUAGGGAAACAUCUCGAAGGGUCCUAUUUACAGUAAUAAAACCCGGUAACGGAAAGGCGCAUUUCCGCUGUUUCGCAACACAACAUUUGCGAGCCUUCCGCCUUGAUCGUCGCUCCUUCUUUCCACCAUAAAACGAUGAUAGAUAUUAAUUAUAAUAAUAAUCAUAAUACGAUGGAUUAUCAAAGGCUAGCAAUUAUGUGUCCCAUAUUUCCUAAAUAGGUAACUAGUGUUUUACUGUUUUGCUUUCUCGCGAUGUAGAUGACCGUGACCAAAACAAUGACGAAAAACAUUGAUUACAUUGACGGCAUCAACAGUUCCGUCAGAAUAGGAGCAACAAACUCGUACUGGUAGAACGGGCACAUCGAGAGCUAAAUGGAUGCGCCUACAUCUUUACGAGCUAGACACACGCCAUUAUAUACCUUCUAGACAGAAGCUUCUGUGCAAGAAACCGUCCGUCGUCUCGAAUCAUGAUCAGUUAUAUAAUAUCAUACUAGCCUUACGCGUCCAUCUCAUCUAUUGCGUCGUUAUAAUCGUCAUGUUAACUAAUCACAUUAACCCAUAAUGUUCAGUUCUCAUCUGAUGUCACGCGUACAGUGACGCCGAAGGCGACAAUACCAUAUCCCGAAUGGAGUUAAAAUACGUAAAUUGCUGCAAGCCAGCAGUUGCUUUCUAGACUGUGCAUCGUAUUGAUGGGGUGGCAGCCCGUCAUUCAAGAUGGAGUUAGCUCAUAGUUUCGGGUUCGCACAAUUUUGCUAUGCUAUUACUACAAAGAAGCUUGAAUGCCGAAGAAAAAUGUAAGCCUAUUGAAUUCAAGAUAAUUUAGCUAGCAAGCGCCAAAUGUGCUUGCUAGUGCCCUUUGUGAAAAUUCCUCCUCGUAUUUACUCUAGAGACACAGCAGGCAACGGACACUGUUUAUUCUCGAACACACAACUUUUUUCGCUCGUAUUGUACAGACAUUCUCGAUUCCCAUUUUAACCUUUCAAAUUGCAUCAUUGUUGUAACUCUUUCGUGUGAUAAUCGCAGCCUCCAUCGCUAAGCGGCAAGAGUUCGCUGGCUGACUUAAGCGCCGAAGAAAAAUCCGACAUGCUCGUAAUCGUUUCCCAGAUCAAACUAUAGUAACUGUUGAGGACAUCGUAACUCUAACCGUGAGGCCUACUACACCACUAAUAUGAAUAUAUGUAUAACCAUGAUCCUUGCGAUGGCCAGACCAUGAUGAAAUUGGUUUGUGGAUAGUGUGUAAUGCAUGCGAUGACAUUCUUUUUUGCCCUAUUCAGAUUUAGGGUCGUGUGUGGAGAAGAAAUGAAUGCUAGCGGAUAAGGCCUUAAUAUUUGAUGUGAAAAAGGAGUUGAAAAAAGAAAUAGCGAAAGUAGGGUAAAAAGUGCGUCACAGGAAAAACGGUAAAAGUAAUUAACUUCAAAUUUCUGUGCGACAACGACGAAAUCGUGGUAUUGGAUGUCUGCAAUUUGAUCAAAAACUGAAUAACGUAAAAACUACACAAGUUUGGAGCGUCACACACAUACACGAACAUAUACGCAUACAAGUGUAAACC